ACCAUGGCCCUCAACUUGCGCGACGUCGUGACUCUCGCGGAUGUUGAUUACCUCUCCGCGCGUCCGCUGCCGAAAGCACCCGACGGCCGCUACGACGAGCAGGUCCGGCCGAUCACAGACGCGACCAAGACUGACCCGCAUUCCGACCUAUACAAGGCCACCACCUCCUUUACGACGCUUGCCAAGCAGGCUCCUGCCAUUGCUAACGUCGCCUUGAACAUUGGCACCGCCCAAGCUAUCUUGGAUGCUGUCAAGAACAAAGGCGACCUCGAUGACAGGAAGAACCUGUUCACUAAGGCAAUCGCUAUCCUGUGCAGGGUGCCCGAGCAGUCUGCGCUUUCCAAGAAACUUAACGACCUGGUUAUCACCACUCUGUACAACACCCUUUUGCACCCGCCGGCCACCUACGUCGGCACGGACUACCUUAGCGGCUCCCCGUCUCCUACAGCACGCAUUCCCGAGAUGAAGGAAAGCGCCACCGCAGGCCCUGUGGCGCGCAUCCCGUUCACGCUCCGUUCCGCCGAUGGAAGCGGAAACAACCCGAACAUGCCCAUGCUCGGUACCGCGCGCACGCCGUAUUCGCGCAGCGUGCAGAACAAGUACCCUCUUCCGCCGAAUGUUCUUCCCGACCCGGCGGACGUGUUCGACUCGCUGCUCAAGGCGCGCGACUGGAAGCCGCACCCCAACGGCAACUCGUCGCUGACGUUCGCGUUCGCGUCGCUCGUAACGCACCAGUUGUUCCGCACCGACCCGCGUGACAUGACCAAGAACAACACGACAUCCUACCUCGACCUCUCCAUCCUCUACGGCACGAACCAGGACGAGCAGGAUGCGGUGCGCGACCGCGCCUCCGGGCGCGGUCUGCUCUACCCAGACGCGUUCUCCGAGGACCGCCUUGUAUUCGUACCGCCCGCAGCGACUGCGCUCCUUGUGCUCUUCAGCCGAAACCAUAACUACAUCGCAGAGAUGCUUCUGAGGCUGAACGAGCGCGGACGCUGGUCCGACCCUCCCCCUACGGACGAGGCGAAGAAGGCGCUCCAGGACGAGGAGAUAUUCCAAAUCGCGCGCAUGGUCAACUGCGGAAACUUCAUGGCUAUGAUCUUUGGCGACUACGUCGCAGGGUUCCUUGGUCUCGGCCGCGACGGCUGCAGCUGGAGCAUGAACCCCUUCGACCCUAUCACGACGCCCGACGGUCAGGAGGUAGGUCGCGGAGACGGCAACCACUGUUCCGUCGAGUUCAACAUCCUCUACCGGUGGCACGCGACAACCGCGGAGGCGGACAUCAAAUGGACAGAGGACAUCUUCACUGAAGCAUUCAAGGGUGCAGGGAAGCCGCUCGACCAGCUCGAGCUCAAGGACUUCGUCCCCGCCGUCACGCAGACAUGGAAGAAGGUCGAGAAGGACCCGCGCGAGCGCACCUUCGCGGGCAUCAAGCGCGGCGCUGACGGCCGCUUCUCGGACGACGAUCUUGCCAAGAUUCUGCACGACGCCACUGAGAAGCCGGCGGGCACGUACCGCGCGCGCGGGACGCCGCCCGUGCUGCGCAUCGUCGAGAUGAUGGGUAUGGUGCAGGCGCGCAGCUGGGGCGUGUGCACGAUGAACGAGUUCCGCGCGUUCCUCGGCCUGAAGCAGUUCGCGACCUUCGAGGAGUGGAACCCGGACCCCGAGAUCGCGCAGGCCGCGCGCCAGCUGUACGGGCACAUCGACAACCUCGAGCUCUACCCCGGGCUGCAGGCGGAGGAGAUUGCGCCGAUGGGGCCGGGCUCGGGCUUGUGCUGUGGCUACACGAUGAUGCGUGCCAUCCUGAGCGACGCGAUUGCGCUCGUGCGCGGCGACCGGUUCUACACGACUGACUACACGCCGGGGAACCUGACGGCGUGGGGCUUCCAGGACUGCGCGCGCGACACGAACAACGGCGCGUUCGGCGCGGCCCUCCCCCGGCUGCUCUUCCGCAACCUGCCUAGGCACUACCCCGCGAACAACGUGUAUGCGCUGUUCCCGAUGAUGACGCCGCAGGUGACCCAGAAGAACCUCACGAACCUCGGUAUCAUCGCGAACUACGACCUGAAGCGCCCGGUGGCCCAGCCGGUCGCGACGAUCGUGGACUCGGUGUCAGGCAUCGCGAACGUGCUCAGUGCGCCGCAGCAGUACAAGACGUUCGAGAGCGGCAUCUUCGCGAGCACCGCGAGCAACCUCUCCGUCGUCGCCAAUGUGCCGGAGCAGCGCAAGCUCGCCCUUACGCAAGCUGUUUUCCCGACGCCCGACGCGUUUGGCGCGCACAAGGCGUGGUUCGGCACGACGACGCGCGAGCUCAUCAAGGAGCACUCGUACAACAUCGACGGCCUGGCCGGCUCCAGGAUCGACAUCGUCGGCAAUGUCAUCAACCUCGUCCCUGUGUACUGGGUUUCGGAGUUCCUGCUCGGGAUCCCGCUGAAGACCAAGAAGCGGCCGUCUGGUGUCUUGACGCCGCAGGAGGUGAACGACAUGCUGCAGCUCAUCUUCACCGCGGUCUACCUCGAUGCCACGCCCGAGAACAACUGGUCGAUCAGCAGGCGCGCGUCGUACUUCACGCAGAUCCUGACCCAGUUCGUCGAGAAGACUCUGACCGAUGCGGCUCCCCACCUGCCAACCAUCGGCUCGAUAUCGGCGUUCCUCAAGGAGGGGGGGCACAAGCCCACCAUCGAUUUCCUCCAGAAAAUUUCGCGUUCGAAGGCGCCGCGGAAGGACAUCGUCGCGGACGUGAUCGGCUUUGCCGUCACCGUCGCUGUUAGCCUGUCCAAGGCGGUCGCGCAGAUCGUGGACUUCUACCUCGCCGACGAGCAUGCCAAGGAGCGGGCGGAGGUGAUCAAGCUCGCUGGGGCCAGCGACAACGACAGCUUGAACCUCCUGCGCGGUUACAUCCGGGAGGCGCAACGUCUCAACCCUCAGUUUGACGCUGUGCUGAAACAGCAAGGCGGCACUGCUGCCCAGCCGUCUCCUCUGGUCAUCCUGGACCUCAAGAAGGCUCUUGUGAACCCCACCGACUUCCCUGAGCCUCUCACCGUCAACCCCCGCCGCCCGGUGCAGGUGUAUCAGGUGAUGCAGGACGCGAGCUACUCGAAGUGCCUGGGAACCGUCGAAGCCGAAGAGCUUAUCGUCGAGAUGGUCAAGGCCGUCUUCCAGCUCCCGAACACGAAGCGCGUCGCGGGGCCCUCGGGCACGAUCGCGCGCGUCGAAGUGCAGCGCUUCGGCGUCGACUACGACAUGUUCGUCGACAGCAUCGGUCUGCCCGACUACUGCCCGAACAGCAUGAUUGUCUCGUACCGCUCGUAGAGCGGGUCAGAAAUUUAUGGUGACGUCUACCGCGACCGGUCCUGUGCCGUGUUGUAUGACCAACGCCACUUCAAAGCCCGGGAGGUCCGAGUCUGGAAUAUCUUGGCUUCUCUAUCGAAUGUUGUCGUACGCUUUACGCUCUCGCAUGUAUCACGAUGUAAUGUCUGGAAUGUCUAACGUUGACGAAUCUGUGCAUGACUAG